AUGAAUCAUUAUUCACAUAUUAAAAAGCAUAAAACUACAAAUAAAAAAAUAUUUUAUACACCAAUUAAGGAUCUAAAUGAAAUUGAAAACCUUGAAUUUUACGUUCAUCAACUUUUUAAUCAUGCGUUCAAUGGCAGUAUAGGCGCUCCAAUUCAUGAAAAACUGCGAACUGGUGCUAAAGCUGCCGUUGAGUAUCCAAAUUCGAAGUUCUACGCAGUUGAUUUUACCACGAAAAAUUCUAUUAAAAAUAUUACAUUUCUUAAUUGUGAUAUUAAUCAAAAACUACCAUUUCCUGAUAAUGAAUUUGAUUAUAUUUUUUCUAGAAAUAACCCAAUUUUUUUUACAAAGGAUAAUUUUCAAGGAUUUUUAUUUGAGGCACUUAGAGUAUUAAAACCAGGUGGUUGGUUAGAAGUUGGGCAAUCAGUUCGUAUUUAUCAAUCUGUUCGUGGGCCGGCCCUCACACGAUUAGAUAACGCAAUCAUUUCGUGGUCUGAGAAAUAUGGAUUUAACCCUGAUCUAAUAUUAAACUUAGAAGAUCACCUUCAAAUGAUUGGAAAAACCGAAUUUAUAUCAUCUCGAACAAUAGACUUAUCUGCUGGAAACGAUUAUUUUGGAGAGUUUUCUUAUGAAAUUUUUUCAUAUUAUAUAAAACUUUUGAAAGAAUUUAUUGCUCCUAUUAUGAGAAUUUCAUUUGAAGAAUAUGAUCGCUUGGUAGAAGAAAUUGGAAAUGAAAUGAAAGAACGAUGUGGCGAAAUAUAUGUUAAACACAAAAAAAUAAUUGCAAGAAAGAAAGAUAUGGGCAUUCUUAAAGAUGCUUAA